AUGCGCCAUCAACACAAGGUGCUGCAAGGCAGGGUACAGCAGUUCCUGUCCCUAAUACAAGAGCUCUUCGAGCAGAUGGAAAAGGUGGUGAGGGAACAACUCGACAAUGCGAGCUCGACGGCAACGUCACAAACUGGCGCGCCCUCAACACCAGGCGGCUCGCAGACCAAUUUUCAAUCCCCUCGACCCGGCUCGCCGGUAGCAUCAGUUUCAGAUCUUGGCGCCGACCCUCAGCAGCAGAAUCGGCCGUUGCUCAAGGGAAUGCAAUCUUUUAAAGUUCUUUCUGAAUGUCCAAUUAUCGUCGUCUCGAUAUUCCAGAUUUACCGCAACACGGUGCAACAGAACGUGAAAGCGUUUGUGCCAUUGAUCAAACGAGUUCUACUUAUCGAGGCCAGCGCUCAAAAGCAAGCUCACGCAGAGGCUGCAGCCAAGGGCCAAGUUCACACUGGUGUCAGCCAGGGCAUCAAGGCAGAUCAACGAGCAGCAUACGGCGAUUUCAUUACCGCACAAGUUAAGACCAUGAGCUUUCUCGCGUAUCUCUUGCGCCAAUACUCACAGCAACUAAACGAUUUCCUGCCCACGUUGCCAGAUGUCGUGAUACGCCUGUUGAAAGACUGCCCCCGCGAGAAGUCAGGUACAAGAAAGGAACUUCUAAUUGCCAUUCGACAUAUUAUCAACUACAACUUUCGAAAAAUCUUCUUGCCAAAGAUUGACGAACUUCUUGAUGAACGAACGCUCACUGGCGAUGGCCUGACAGUCUACGAGACUAUGAGACCACUUGCAUACAGCAUGCUGGCUGAUCUUAUUCACCAUGUUCGAGAUUCAUUGAGUCCAGAACAGAUCCGCAAAACCGUCGAAGUGUACACCCGAAAUCUUCAGGACAACUUCCCGGGCACUAGCUUUCAAACCAUGAGCGCGAAGCUAUUGCUCAACAUGGCCGAGUGCAUUGCCAAGCUGCCGAAUAAAGUUGACGCAAGACACUACCUCAUGAUGAUCUUGAAUGCCAUUGGUGAUAAAUUUGCUGCCAUGAACCGACAGUACCCAAACGCGGUGAAGUUGUCGAAACAAUAUCUGGCAGAGGCCGGUACUCAAGAGCCCUAUCUUGCCGACAAGGAGACGCGACCAAACUGGGAUGAGACUGACAUAUUUUCCGCUGUGCCUAUCAAGAUAUCUAACCCCAGAGAUCGAGGUGCAGAUCCUGUGAUUGAUAAUAAGUUUCUUUUCCGGAACUUGAUGAAUGGUCUGAAGAAUACAUUCUACCAGCUAAGAACCUGCAAUAUUGGCACCCCUAUUGAUCCUCAGAAUGCGCCUUCGCACUGGACAGACGUUUCUUAUGGGUUUACCGCAGAGGAGGUCAAAGUCAUCAUUAAACUGUUCAGGGAGGGUGCAUACGUCUUCCGGUAUUACGAGAUUGAAAAGCCGGCCACCGAGUCACAAUACGCGUCUCCGGUCGAGUACAUGGCAAACUUCUACAUGGUGUCUAGUACCAAGGAAGAAAAGGAUCUGCUUGAAACGUUUGCUACUGUCUUCCACUGCAUCGACCCCGCUACAUUCCACGAAGUAUUUCAGCAAGAGAUCCCACGACUUUAUGACAUGAUCUUUGAGCAUACCGGAUUAUUACAUAUACCCCAGUUUUUCCUAGCCAGUGAAGCGACUUCGCCUAGUUUUUGUGGUAUGCUCCUCCAAUUUCUUAUGGACCGAAUCGAUGAAGUGGGUUCAGCAGAUGUCAAAAAGUCGUCGAUAUUGUUGCGACUUUUCAAGCUGGCAUUCAUGGCCGUGACCCUUUUUGCUCAGCAGAACGAGCAGGUUCUUUUGCCACACGUGGUCAACAUUGUCACCAAAUCUAUCGAGUUGUCGACAAAGGCAGAGGAGCCAAUGAAUUACUUUCUCCUAUUGAGAUCUCUCUUUCGAAGUAUUGGCGGCGGCAAGUUUGAGCAAUUGUACAAGCAGAUUCUACCCUUACUGGAAAUGCUCCUGGACGUUCUUAACAACUUGCUCAUGGCUGCUCGCAAACCAUCUGAGCGAGACUUGUACGUGGAACUGUGUUUGACUGUUCCCGCGCGUCUGAGCCACCUGUUGCCACAUCUGAGCUUUCUGAUGCGACCACUAGUUGUUGCUUUGAGGGCUGGCACUGACCUCGUUGGCCAGGGGCUUCGGACACUCGAGCUUUGUGUCGAUAACUUAACCGCUGACUAUCUCGACCCUAUUAUGGCGCCUGUCAUUGAUGAGCUCAUGACUGCACUCUUCAAUCACCUCCGUCCUCACCCCUACAGCCAUUUUCAUGCUCACACUACCAUGAGAAUAUUGGGCAAACUAGGUGGUAGAAACCGAAAGUUUAUGACUGGCGCGGUUCCACUUACCUACAGAGGUUAUGCCGACGAUCCGUCAAGCUUCGAUAUGCGCCUGAUUGGAUCUAAAAAAGAUAGAGCGUUCCCGGCAGAUCUCGGUAUCGACAGUGCCAUCCAGAAGCUAAUGGAGGCCCCGAAAAUGGGAAAAAAUAGCCAAAAUCUUCGCGUCUAUGAUGAAUAUUAUAAGAAGCAAGCGCUCCAUUUGAUUAUGUCACAAGUCAAACUUCGAAUCGGCUAUGAUCAACUGCCAGAAGACCUUCCCCGAAUCGUUCGUCUCCAGGCACAGGACUUCUUGGCCCGAAAAAUGGAGAUUCAUUUUGCUCCAUUCGAAGUGACGAACCGCGAUAAAUCCAUCCCAAAGAAGGACGUGCAAGACAAGAUAACAAAACAACUCCUCAAGGCAGUCGUGUUUGCUCAUUCUCUCCCUAGGUUCAAAGACGAGGCGGAUACAUUUCUCAUGGACCUCUGCCGACACUUUGCUGUCAUAGAAGUAGGCCGAUCCUUGGUGGACCUUAAGCGAAACUUUAGUCCCUUUGAUCCCAAGGCUGGAGAGGGCCCCCUUUGUAUCGAUACGCGGAUUUUGUCAGAUGCAAUCGUUGAGUCUUUGGCUUCUGAUCAUCCGGAUGUCCGAGAAGCCGCGAAGAAGGCUAUUCGCGAGCUGUACAAGAAUAUUGGCAUCAUCUUCGGAUCUGAGAGCAAUGUUGGCCGACUACCCCUAUUUACUCACCUUUGCGGUACCUUUUGCCACAGUUGCUACGAGGAAGAGUGGUUUACAAAGACCGGUGGCAGCCUUGGCAUCAACUUCCUCCUUACGGAGCUCGACUUUGGCGACGCGUGGGUGGCGUCAAAGCAAAUGGAAUUUAUUCGCGCCCUCUUGUAUGUGAUCAAAGACAUGCCACAAGAUCUUCCUGAAAAAACGAGGUGUCUCGCCGAGACAAGCUUGGAGGUCUUGUUGAAGCGCAUUACCAAGAACAUCAAGAAGGAAGAUGCCCUUCCCGUUCAAGCCCAGCCGGGACAGCCUCCCGUGAAGCAGUCCAGACUGGCCCAAAUUUGUAUGCUGUUUAACAAUGAGCUGUCCCACAUGAACAAGUUUGUUCGUGAAACCGCCAAGAAUUCGCUCGAACUAAUAGCCAAAGCUGCUGAAUGCGAAGUCUGGGAACUGUUGGAACCUUACAAGGAGCGUUUUUUGCAACCAAUUUACUCUAAACCGUUGCGGGCACUGCCUUUUAGCAUUCAGAUUGGAUACAUCAACGCAAUGACAUACCACAUGAGCCUAAAGAACGACUGGGUCAAGUUUGACGACAACCUCACUCGUCUAUUGAUGGAGUCUCUUGCCCUGGCUGAUGCAAAUGAUGAUUCCUUGGCAAAUAAGCCGGCAGAGUAUCGCACCCACGAUCACAUUGUAAACCUGCGCGUAUCAUGCAUUAGGCUACUGAGCACGGCAAUGACGUUUGAAGAGUUUGCAAACAACCCUAUCAAAGGGAAGAUUCUUUCAGUCUUCUUCAAAUGCUUAUACUCGGAGUCAAAGCCGACAAUUGCUGCCGCUAAUGACGCGCUAAGAUCUGUAUUGGCGGUUGACAGGCGUCUACCGAAGGAUCUGCUACAAGGUGGGCUUCGACCGGUUCUAGCAAGCCUAUCUGAUCCAAAGCGACUCAGUGUCCAUGGCCUGGAUAACCUCUCUAGGCUGCUGAAGUUGCUCACCAGCUAUUUCAAGGUUGAGAUCGGAGCUCGCCUGUUGGACCAGAUCGACUCAAUUGUGGAACCUAAUGCAUGGCAGCAGAUUUCUUUUACAUUUUUUGAGCAGCAUCAACAAAUGAAGGUCAUUACGGCUAUUCUCAACAUCUUUCAUCUUUUGCCAGCUCCCGCCGAAGCAUUCAAGGAGCGUCUAAUUGAUUGCUUCCUUGGACUUGAGGAGAAGCUCCGUCGAACAAUCCAAAGUCCUUUCCGUCAACCCAUAUAUCUGUACCUCAACAGGUAUCCUAAGGAGGUUUGGACCUUCUUGCUCGGAAAGCUAGAUGAGCUCAAAUAUGGAAGACUUCUGGCUCAGGUCCUUAGACACCCAGAGAGCGGCCCUUUGCGAGACGCAGCAAUAGAUGGUCUCGGUGCCUUAAUGACAAAGUGUAAUGAGCUAGCGGGCCAAGGUGUUGAGAAGAAGUUUAUUGGCAUUGUUAAUGCCGUCCAUAUUUUGGACUCUCUCAGCUACUUCGAGAACACUAACUCGUGGAUGGACAAGAAAGAAAACACGACGUGGAUGAAGAGCAUGGGCAAAGAGCUAGAGGGCCACAUUCGCAAUUAUACUCUCCCUGCUACCCUCCGAUUACCUGCAUACCAAGCCGCGGAGCAGUUGAUGAACGUCUUGGUCAAGUCCCUGGAGAGGACUCCCAAGGAUCUUGAUGUCUUGUUCAGCCUCGUCGAGUCGGUUACAAGCAACGAGCUUCGGCCCACACACUGCUUGUUUGCUUUCAUCUACGAGAAGAUUCUCAUGAGCGAAUCAAUAGAGUUUUGGAAAUCCGCAUUCCUGCGUUGCUUGGAGACAUAUUCGGGGAGAUUUGCUUCGAAUAAGACAAAGCAAUUUUUGCUUCACUACGUCGCUAAUCCCAUUGUCGCUAUGGAUGUUAUGCGACACUGGAAUCAGCCGGAACAGGCGAAAGGACAGCGAUUCAUGGAUCGAUCGGUUAUUGACGCUGUUAGCAGCAAAAUCUGGAAAGUGCAUCCUGACUUGUCACCUGAUGAUCAAUCACAGCCUGGAAUUGACCACACGCGUUUUGAGGUGUUGCAGCUGUCGGCAAUGCUUGUCAAGUACUACCACACUGUACUUCAAGAGGCAAGAAAGGAUAUUAUCAAGUUUGGAUGGACAUUUAUCCGCCUCGAAGAUGUUAUCAACAAACAUGCAGCAUAUGUGGUGAUUGGUUACUUCAUUGCUCAUUACGAAACACCUCCAAAGAUUGUCAGUCAGGUGUAUCUGUCACUGCUUAAGACAAAUCAAAACGAAGGGCGGGCUUUGGUCACACAGGCGUUGGAGCUUAUUGCUCCUGUUCUACCCAAGCGAUGCGGAGGGGGUCCGAAUGAACGAAAUGCUGCCUGGGCCGUCGCACCUCGUCGCAUUCUCGCGGAUGAGGGUCAAAAUGUUCAGCAAAUGACUAGUAUUUUCCACUUCUUGGUCAGACACCCUGAUCUGUUUUAUGACGCCCGGGACAAGUAUGCGAUUGUAAUCAUUACCUCCCUCAGAAAGGUGGCUGCACCUCCUAACCCGUCCUAUGAGAGUAAAAAGCUUGCGCUGAACAUGAUGUGGCUGAUUUGGCGAUGGGAGCAGUGGCGUGUCGAAGGCAAGACUGGCUCACCAGCCGCAGGCCGAGAUCCGUCCGAAUCGCCAACGUCUAGGAAGAGGAAACUGGAUAGCAACCUGCCAAUGUCCUCUCCACCUACGGUUAGACAAAAUGCACCGGGAGGAGAGCGAAAUGAGUACCAGAUUCCACAAAUCUUUCGACAAAAGAUGAUAAAAUAUCUCGUUGAGUUCAUUGCACAGCUCAACGAACGAUAUCAGCUGCCUUCUGCCAAACCUCGCGAACAUAGCGCGCCCUCCUUGCCUCUUCCCCCUCAAAGCACCGAACUAUGCAAAAAGGCAAUGACCUUGUUGUACAAUUUGGUGCAGCCUCAAUACUGGGGCGAUCUGGAGCUUGACCUCUUCCCCAAUGUCACUGAUGUCAUUCUUGGCAGCGAGAAGACCCAGAGUUUUCUCAAUGCCGACCCAACUGAUAAGGAGAAAUACGAUGAGAAGUUCCUGACAAAUAUUAUCAACACGCUGCAAGUUGUGCGGAUUGUUCUCAAUUUCAAGUCGGAUGAUUGGGUGCAGAAGAACAUUGCCGCGGUACAGAAAGUUCUGGAAAAAUGUUUGAAAUGCGAGAACCCAGAGAUCCAAGACUGCCUGCAUCUCGCAGACAAGGAAUACGAUGAUGGCCGUGACCUCAAGUCCAUUGUCAAGCGAGUUCUCGACGCAGUUCCAGAGGACACUCCUAUGGAGGACGCGGAUGCAGAUGGCGAGACUGAGGUUCAAACGUCGGAGAUUAUUUCUUACCUGUCACAGGCGGCUACAGAGGCUAUGAAUGGGAGCUCGUAUGUUUCUGGUGUCAAUAUGCUCUGGUCCAUGGGAAAUCGCAAGCCAGCCGUCAUUGAUCAGCACAUUCCGGCCCUGAUGAAAGCUCUGCAAAGCAAGCACGCACGGGAGCAUGUCCAACACUAUAAUGCUGCGGCUGGCCAGGCCGUCAACCAGGGGAACCGUGGCCAGGACGGAAACUCUGCGUCUGGGGAGAUGUCUGCGUAUGAUUUGGAAAUUCAGACCAAGCUCAUGAUCAAGGAGAUUCAAACUGUAGCCUUAAGAAUGGAAACCCUUGGUGACAGCAGGCGACCGUUUCUCAGCGUACUUGCGACACUCGUCGAAAAGUCGAUGCAUAUCGACCUCUGCACGGAAAUUUUGAACAUGGUGGAGGGAUGGGUGUUCCGCUCCGAGGGCACAUGGCCUACUCUUAAAGAGAAAACGGCUGUUCUCCAUAAGAUGCUCUCUUUUGAACAUAGGAGUGACUCUACCAUGCUCUCCAAGUUCUUGGACCUUGUCAUUCGCAUAUAUGAAGACCCUAAAAUUACUCGUACAGAACUGACGGUGCGAAUGGAGCAUGCCUUCCUUAUCGGCACCCGCGCGGCUGAUGUCGAAAUGCGAAAUCGCUUCAUGUCCAUCUUUGACAAGAGCUUGUCAAAGACUGCUAGUGUUCGCCUGUCCUAUGUGUUGACGUCACAAAAUUGGGACACGCUUGCGGACUCGUACUGGUUGGCUCAGGCCUCUCAGCUUCUGCUUGGUGCAGUCGAGUUGAACACUAAUAUACAACUUCACCAGGACGAUUUCAGGAUUAUAUCGGCAUCACAGCUUGCUGCCGUGUAUCCCAAAGACAAGGAUACCAGGGAACCUAACAUGAUGCCAGACGACAAAUUCGAAGCUUUCAUGGCCAACCAUCGGCGUUUCGUUUCCGAACUGGGCGAUGUUAAGGUUCGAGAUGUUGUCGAACCACUGAUGCAACUUCAACAUGUCGAUAACCAGCUCGCACACCAACUCUGGGUCACCAUUUUCCCCAUGUAUUGGUCUGCGACAAUGCGGGACGAGCGUGCCGAUUUAGAGCGUGGCAUGGUGGCUCUCCUUACCAAAGACUACCAUAGCCGACAAAUUGACAAGCGCCCGAAUGUCGUGCAGUCGCUGGUUGAAGGUGCCGCUAAGACAUGGCCGGAUUGCAAACUGCCACCUCACGUUUUGAAAUUUGAGGCCAAGACGUACGAUGCCUGGUAUACCGCGCUGGUGCAACUUGAGAAUGCUGCCAUCCGGCCAGAAAUCGAGUCUGCCACUGUCAGAGAAAGUAACCUGGACGCAUUGGUCGACCUCUAUGCCUCGUUGCAAGAAGAAGACUUGUUUUAUGGUACGUGGCGUCGGCGAUGCCAAUUUGUCGAGACCAACGCCGGCCUUUCCUACGAGCAAAAUGGUAUGUGGGACAAGGCGCAGAAACUCUACGAAAAUGCCCAGAUCAAGGCUCGUACCGGCGUUAUUCCAUUCUCCCAAGCAGAGUACAUGCUUUGGGAGGAUCACUGGGUUCUUUGCGCGCAGAAGCUUCAGCAGUGGGAGAUAUUGCAAGACUUCGCCAAGCACGAGAAUUUUCAAGAUUUAUUGCUCGAGUGCGCCUGGCGAAACACGGAGAUGUGGCAAGACGCUCAGCAUCGUGAAGCCUUAGACAACGUGAUCAAAGGUGUCAUGGAUGCUCCCACUCCCCGACGAGCCUUUUUUCAGGCAUUCAUGUCUCUCCUCAAGUUUCAUAAUCAACAGGAGGGCGGCAAUGACUUUGCAAGAGUUUGCGAUGAGGCCAUUCAAUUGUCCAUUCGCAAGUGGCAUCAACUUCCAGAGCGAUUAACAAAUGCUCAUAUUCCGUUGCUACAAAAUUUCCAGCAGCUGGUCGAGCUCCACGAUGCUAGCGUCAUUUGUCAAUCCCUGGCAAAUACAAACUCUUCAAACCUGGAUGUCAAGUCUGGAGAACUUAAACUGCUUCUUGGCGCUUGGCGUGACCGGUUACCUAAUGUUUGGGACGACAUUACAGCAUGGCAGGAUCUGGUGACCUGGCGGCAACACAUAUUCGGUCUCAUCAACCAGACCUACUUGCAACUGCUUCCUCAGCAGGGUCAGCAGAACGCUGGUGGUGCGUCUUCGUUUGCAUACCGAGGAUAUCACGAGACUGCCUGGAUUAUUAACCGAUUUGCCCACGUCGCCCGCAAGCACAGCCUUCCCGAAGUGUGCAUCAGUCAGUUGAGCCGCAUUUACACGUUGCCAAAUAUUGAAAUCCAGGAAGCCUUCCUCAAACUCAGAGAACAAGCCAAAUGUCAUUAUGAGAAUCCUGAAGAGCUUUCAAGUGGCCUAGACGUUAUCAACAAUACGAACUUGAACUACUUUAACCCUCAACAAAAGGCUGAAUUCUACACGUUAAAGGGAAUGUUCUUGGAAAAACUCAAUCAAAAGGAUGAAGCCGACAACGCGUACGGGACUGCGCUCUACUUUGACAUUGGUGCACCAAAGGCUUGGGCGGAGUGGGGCUACUUCAAUGACAGGAAGUUCAAAGAAGAUCCCACAGAUUUGAAUGCGGCUAGGCAAGCGCUCACAUCGUAUCUUCAGGCAGCUGGCAGUUACAAGAACGCUAAGUCACGCAAGCUUCUUGCUCGCAUUCUCUGGCUCCUCAGCUUGGAUGACUCAAAGGGCACCAUUGCCAUGGGCUUUGACGACUUCAAGGGUGAAACGCCUGUGUGGUAUUGGAUUACCUUUAUUCCCCAGCUUUUAACCGGCCUGGGUCAUAAAGAAGCACCGCGAGUUUACCAGAUUCUUCUCAGCAUCGCCAAAUCGUACCCUCAGGCCCUGUAUUUUCAGCUUCGGACCAACCGCGAGGACAUGAAUCUCAUAAAGAAGAACCAGGAGGCCAAGGAGCGAGCCCGUCAACAGCGCGCCCAGUCAAUUGUUUCCAAUGGCAAGCCAAGCCUGUCGCCUUCGCAAGCCAAGACUGAGCCACCCAAAACGUCGGAUGGCGGCGCGUCACGGCCAGGCACUGCUACAGAGGGAGACGCUGCCAGCCAAGUGAAGACUGAAGGUGGUGACGCAGCAGCCGCCGCUGCCAGCGUUCCGCCAGCUCCAGCCGCCAGUGGACAGAAGCAAGAGCAGCAACCACCUGCUCCAAACCCAAACCAGAAGAAGAUGCCUUGGGAGCUCACCGAGGAGAUCAUGUCUGUCCUCAAGACAGCCUUCCCUCUACUUGCCCUAUCAAUGGAGACCAUGGUGGACCAGAUUCAGAAACACUUCAAGUGCCCACCAGAUGAGGACGCGUACCGACUGAUUGUGGCCCUACUAAACGACGCAUUAACCUACGUCAGCCGCACGCCCGCUUCGUUUGCCAAGAGCGUGAAGCUGCCGUCGGCGACUGAGACCAACAUUACGAGGUUUGCUGAGACGAUACUACCCAACCACAUCAAGAAAUCCUUUGAAGCCGAUUUUGUGGAUGUAAAGCCAACCAUGUAUGAAUACAUUCACAAACUGCGUCGCUGGCGCACCAAGUUUGAAGAAAAGUUGGACCGACGUGUUUGUCAUGCACACCUCGAGGCAUACUCGCCGCACCUCAGCGAAUUCAGAUAUCAGAAGUUUGACGAGGUGGAAGUUCCUGGCCAAUACCUCCAACACAAGGACAAAAACCAAGACUUCAUCCGCAUAGAGAGGUUCCUUCCAAAUGUGGAUCUAGUCCGGUCAUACAGCACCUCAUAUCGCCGACUCAAGAUGCGUGGCCACGACGGUAGCGUUCAUUCAUGGGCCGUACAACACCCGGCAGCGCGCCAUUGCAGGCGUGAAGAGAGGAUCUUGCAGCUAUUCAGACACCUCAACCAGACACUAGGUCGGAAGAAGGAGAGCCGCCGCCGGGAUUUGCAGUUUACUCUACCGCUCAUGGUUCCUCUUGCCCCGCAUAUAAGAAUCGUUCAAGAGGACACCUCUUAUGUCACGCUGCAGGCAGUCUACGAGGAUCACUGUCGACGAAUGGGCUUUUCCAAGGACGAACCUGUCUUGUUCACACUUGAAAAGUUGCGCGGUGUGCUCGAAAGCAAGAGCCAGGUAUGCAUUGACCGAGCUCAGCUGGGAAUUGAUGUAGGGGCUAACAUAUUAUUACAGCAGGGCAAGCCUGAACUCACACCGCCGGCAAGACUGGAAGUGUUCAACGCUGUCCAAGAGAAGUGGGUGCCGUCUUCAGUUGCGCUGGACUAUUUCCAGCAGAUAUUCCCGCAGUUUGCAGAGUUUUGGCUCUUUCGAAGGCAGUUCUCCUAUCAGCUUGCGGCCUUGACGUUUAUGACGUAUAUUUUGUACAUGCACAACCGGUAUCCCGCGAAGCUCAACAUUGCACGGGGCUCAGGCAAAAUUUGGGGAUCGGAGCUGAUGUCGUUUAUGAGCGCAUCAAAGCCAUUCUUCCACAACCCAGAGCCGGUCCCCUUCCGCCUAACACCCAACUUGCAGGUGCUGAUGGGUCCGCUGGCUACUGAGGGCAUCUAUGCCUGCUCUCUGAUGGCGAUUGCUCGCUGCCUCACGGAGCCGGAGCACGAAUUGGAGCAUGCACUGACGCUAUUUGUUCGAGACGAGAUGAUAUUCUGGCUCACUAGCAGCCACAGAAACGGAAUCAGCGAGAGCCAGCUGCGUGAGUCUGUGCAGGUCAACAGCGACUCGAUUGUCAAGCGCGCGGCGAGCCUGGCGCACAACCCGUCGGGCAACCUGCCUGCGAACCAGACGGUGAUUGAUGCGAUUGCCAAGGCUGUGAACCCUAUGAAUCUGGCACAGUGCGAUGCGCUGUGGAUGCCAUAUUUGUAG